CCCCGCCCCAGCGGAAGCGCUCGGUGAUGGAGCCGCCGGCCAUGGAGGGGCCGCUGCUGGUGCAGCACAGCCACAAAUUCGGCACCAAGCGCUGGAAGCGCGGCUGGUCCGCGCUCUACCCGGCCAGCCAGCACGGCGUGGCUCGCCUCGAGCUCUUCGACUGCAAGGAGCCGUCGGCGGCCGGGCGGGCGGGCACCCGGCGGCUCGCCCGCACCGUGGUGCGGCUCAGCGACUGCACCAGCGUGGCCCCGGUGGGCGAGAGCGGCCCCCGCGCCGGCACCGCCACCUUCCGCCUGGAGACCCGCGACCGCAGCUUCCUCUUCGCGGCCGAGAAGCAGCAGAGCGAGGAGUGGGUGGCGAAGCUGUGCCAGAUCGCCUUCCCGGGAAAUGGCCCCAGCGAUGGCCUGGUGUCACAGUAUGGCCGAGAGGGCAGCGGGGAGUCACCAGCCCUGGAGAUGGCCGUGAACUCCAUCUACUACUCCAGAGAUGAAGCUGGUGGGAACCUGCUCACCAGAGUGUGCUCAGGCCAGAGGAAGCACAGCCCUGGUGCAAGACUUCUCUUUAAAGGACCUUUUACCAUGAACAGAUUAAUGCUGGUGAUGUUCUCCUUCGAGGCUGGCAGGCGCUGUGACUCAGGACCUGGAAACUUCACCUUUGAGACCAAGCAGGGCAACGAGAUCUUCCGCCUGGUGGAAGCCUCCAUCCAGGAGCAGAAGGCUCAGGUGGAGGAGAACCGGCAGAGCUGCGACUCGCUGGAAGCCGACAGCCCCGGCGUGGUGCAGAUCCGCCAGGCCCUGGCUGACAACCUGAACCUGGAGCUGCCCGCCGAGGGGGACGACACCCCGGCACCCAAAGCAGGGCUGGCACCCAGGGCUGGAGCAGCAGCAGCAGAGGAGAGAGAUGCCACAUCUCUGCUGAAGAGCCGGACUCUGCCGGAGCUGCCCGUGCCACCGGCCAAGCCCACGGUGUCCAGCACCCCUCCACGCUCCCCUCUGCCCAAGGGGCUCCGCGCCGUGCCGCCGGCCGAGGACCCAUCCAGCGUGUACUCGGAGCCCCUGGACUCGGUGAAGAGCCUGCAGCCGUGGCCAGACCCGCUGUACUCGGACCCUGUGGACAGCAAGGCCGCGAGCGUGGCCAAGGCGCCCGGCGGGGCUGUGGAGGAGCCGAAGCCGCGGCUGCCGGUGCCGCCGCCGUACUCGGGCCCGUACGAGCAGGUCCGGCCCCUGUCCGAGGGGCAGGGCCGGGCCGAGGGUCGUGGCCAGGCCGCCCCUGGGCACAAGGAGCACAUCUACGACGAGCCCGAGGGCCGUGCCCCCCGCUCGCUGCAUCCCUUCGCCUACAUCUACGACGAGGCGCGGCCCACGAGCGAGGCCUGGCGCACGCAGGGCCACGACGGCAAGGGGGGCUACGAGUACCCCUACAACCCCAGCACUGAUGAUUACUCGGUACCCACCUUCCCGGCCAAGGCCAAGAACCCCAAGCCAGUGCCAGCCCCCAAGCCCCAGGCAGCCUUUAUCCCCAAAGGGGCAGAAAGGAUGGAGGACCCUGGCAGGCGAUGGGGCAGCGCGGCCCCCGAGAAGGUGCUCGCCAAACCCAGCCUCAACAGCAGCAACAACAACAACGUGGAGGUGCUCUACAGCCAGGUGGUGAAGCCCCAGCAGCUGCAGAAGAAGGAGCAGUGUGUGGAUGAGUACAGCUUGUCGCCUCUCUAUGAGGAUUUAGGGGAGAUAUAAGCUGCUGCUGCUGCUCUGCGUCUGUAUCCCAGCAGGGACUGGGCAUCCCAGUGCCAGCUGGGCUUCUCCUCCCCAGGAUGGCUCGGGGCUGUUUGGGCUCAGGCAGAGCCCCUUUUCUCACCAGUGCUGAGGGGCUGUGUUUCCCUGGAGGGAAACAGCAAGAGAGCUGUGGCUGGAGCGUGCCCCAGCUCUGGAGCUGGUUCCACUGUGCCUUCUGAUCUGCAGGAGGGCUGGUAUUUUCCUGUAUCUGCUGCUCUGGCUCUGCUCUGGCUUCCUGUCUGACCAGGCUGCAGGGCUCUGGUGCCUUUUAUGGUGUGUGGAAGGCUGCUUGCCAUCAGUCUCCAAAAGUAUUUUUAUAUAAAGUUAUUUUAAUAUUAAAGUCUGUAUGUCUCAGAA